ACUUUUUUUUUUCAUUGUUUCUUUCGGUAGGAGACCCUUCAGAUUUUGCUCCUUAAAAUAAACAGGUUUCUUUGCCAUCUUAUAAUCACCUACUUCUAUUCCAACUCCACGCAGAAAUAAAUUUCAUAUGAGAAACCUAAGUCCAUACAAAGGCUAUGAAGUUCAUCGAUCCGUUACUAUACCAAACUAUAUAGCUUAGCUCAGUUUCUUUCUUAUCUCUAUAACCUGUAAAAGCUUUACGUAGUAGUAGUAUUGAGAUAAUUAAAAAAAUCAUCCAUUCAAAUCCCUUUAGCCGCUAGAAUACCAAAUUCUAGCACAAAGACAUAAUCAAAUUUAUAUGGCAGCGUGAGAAGAGAGAGAAAGUUAUUGAAACAAAUAAAGAGCUGCGAGACUGAGAAUUGAGAAAGCAAUAUGAAGAUAUUGUGGAUACUGUUGUAUUGUUUCUUACUGUUUUUGAAUGCUUUUGGCUUGGCUUGUGGAAGAAACGUAACAUAUGAUGGAAGAUCCUUAAUCAUCAGUGGCCAGCACAAGAUGCUUUUCUCUGGCUCAAUUCACUAUCCUCGUAGCACUCCUGAGAUGUGGCCAUCUUUGAUUGCGAAAGCCAAAGAAGGAGGAUUAGAUGUGAUUCAAACCUAUGUGUUUUGGAACCUUCACGAGCCCCAACUUGGGCAGUAUGAUUUCAGUGGAAGACGUGAUUUAGUAAAAUUCAUAAAGGAAAUUCAUGCCCACGGUUUAUAUGCAUGCCUUAGGAUUGGACCCUUCAUUGAGAGCGAAUGGUCUUAUGGGGGUCUGCCAUUGUGGUUACAUGACAUUCCAGGCAUUGUCUACCGUUCUGAUAAUAAACCAUUCAAGCUUCAUAUGGAAAGGUUUACAAAGAAAAUAGUAGACAUGAUGAAGUCAGAGAAAUUGUAUGCUUCACAAGGAGGGCCAAUCAUAUUAUCACAGAUUGAGAAUGAGUACAAGAAUGUAGAAGCAGAUUUUCAUGAAAAGGGGCCACCUUAUGUCCGUUGGGCUGCAAAGAUGGCUGUGGGGCUUCAAACUGGUGUACCUUGGAUAAUGUGUAAGCAAGAUGAUGCUCCUGACCCAGUGAUAAACACUUGCAAUGGAAUGCGAUGUGGACAAACAUUUGCAGGACCCAAUUCACCAAAUAAACCAUCAUUGUGGACAGAGAAUUGGACGAGCUUUUAUCAAACGUAUGGUGAAGAACCAUACUUGAGAUCAGUGGAAGAUAUUGCAUUUCAUGUUGCGUUGUUUAUUGCAAAAAAAGGAGGAAGUUAUGUGAAUUAUUAUAUGUAUCAUGGAGGCACCAAUUUUGGAAGAACAGCAUCUGAAUAUGUAAUCACAAGUUAUUAUGAUGAAGCUCCUCUUGAUGAGUAUGGUUUAAUUAGACAACCUAAGUGGGGUCAUCUUAAGGAAUUGCAUGCUGCAAUAAAGUUAUGCUCAAAGCCUUUACUUUCAGGAAGAUUAACAAAUUUAUCUUUGGGUGGAAAACAAGAAGCUUACAUCUUCAAAGGAAACUCAGGAGAAUGUGCAGCAUUUUUGGUGAACCUUGACAACAAAAGAGAUGUCAAAGUUCUCUUUCAAAAUGUUUCAUACGAAUUGCCUCGAAAAUCAAUCAGCAUCCUACCAGAUUGCAAGACCCCAGUCUUCAACACUGCAAAGAUAAGCACGCAAUAUAAUACAAGAUCAGUGACCUCGAGGAGAACGUUUGAUUCAAUUGAAAAAUGGGAAGAGCACAAAGAAGUUAUCCCCAGUAUUCACAAGACUUCAUUAAGAGCAAACUCAUUCUUAGAGCAGAUGAGUACAACGAAGGGUACAUCUGAUUAUCUUUGGUACACUUUCAGAUUUCCAAAUCCCGACCAAACCGCUCAAUCUGUGCUGAAUGUGCAUUCCAAUGGACACGUUCUGCAAGCAUUUAUAAAUGGAGAUUUUGUAGGAUCCGCACAUGGAAGUCACCAGAACAAAAGUUUAUCUCUGGAGAAAAAUGUUACAUUAAGAACUGGACCAAACUACAUCUCCCUACUCAGUGCAAUGGUUGGAUUACCGGAUGCUGGAGCCCAUCUGGAGAGAAGAGCUGCAGGAUUAACUAGAGUAAGAGUUCAUGGCAAGGAUUUCACCAACCAACGAUGGGGAUAUCAGGUUGGGUUGUUGGGAGAGAGACGACAAAUUUAUACAGAUCUUGGGUCAAGUAAAAUUCAAUGGAGUAGGUAUGGUAGCUCUAGGCAUCAACGACUCACAUGGUAUAAGACUAUAUUCGAUGAACCUCCUGGAAAUGACCCUGUCGCAUUGAACAUGGGUUCUAUGGGAAAAGGAGAGGCUUGGGUCAAUGGCCAGAGCAUAGGUCGAUAUUGGGUAUCAUUCCUCACUUCACAAGGAAGUCCUUCACAAACAAGGUACAAUGUACCUAGAUCCUUCCUCAAGCCUAGAGAAAACCUAUUAGUUCUACUAGAAGAAGAAAUUGGCUACCCUUUGGGAAUUUCCCUGGACACAAUUUCAAGAACAAAAGUAUGUGGGCUUGUCUCUGAAUCCCAUUUGCCCCCAGUUUGUUCAUGGACAAGGCAUGACCAAAGUGAAGAAAUCUGUCAAAUAAACUCUGGCAGAGGGCCUCAAGUUCAGCUCCAGUGUCCUCCAAAUACUACCAUAUCCAAGAUCUCAUUUGCAAGCUUUGGAACACCUUUUGGGGAUUGUGAGAGUCAAAUUCUUGGAACCUGUCACUCCUCAAAUUCCAGAGCCACUGUAGAAAAGGAAUGUCUAGGGAAGAGCAAAUGUUCCAUCAUUGUAGCAAGUCAUACAUUUGGUGAUGAUCCAUGUCCAGGCAUCCCUAAAUCUCUACUGGUUGAUGCACAAUGUAAAUGACCAUGACGAUUUUGUUCCAUCUUUUCCAUGGGGACAAAGGAUCCAUAUAUACAUAUAUAUAUAUAUAUAUAUAUAUUAUUCCUAUUUUUACCUGUAUAUGAUGUGUAACUAGGUUACCUGUAUAUGAUGUGUAACUAGGUAACCUAGCGUAUUCAUAAUUGAAUUAUUAUUUAUAUGAUUAGAAGGGAAUAAAAUUGACUAAUUUUUCAAUUA